UUGUACGCAAGUUUAGUGAAGGAAUUUAUACUCAGAGCCUCAAGGACCCAACCAAAAAAUCCACACUUUAUUAUAGCAAAAGCCAAAAGCCAAAAGCCAAAAGCCAAAACGCAAAACCCAUCUGGAUUUUCUUCUAAACUUCAAGCUGUUCAACAGCAACUGAGAUAAGCCCUUCUUCUUCUUCAACUCAGAUCUAUUUCGGUGAGCGCUGCAUCUGAGUCUGUGACAAUGUCCAGACCAUGGGUGUUGGUUUGUCUGCUCCUGUUAAUUGUGUUUACAUCACAGUUUGAAUGGAAGCAAUAUGGGAAUGAUGAACCAAGUCCAAGUACCUCCAAGAAACAACAAUAUAUAUCUGAAAGGGAAGAAGCCGUGAAAGAAAAAAUUAUCCUCUCCCAAGAGAAAAAUAUACAAAAACUUAAUGAGCUUGUGCGGAGUCUUCGAGAACAAUUGCUACAAUGUAGAGGUGAAAAUGAGAUUGUCAAUAGCACUUCAGCUCCUUUGACUGAACUUCUUUCUGAACUGGAAAGGCAUCCACUUUUGGAGGAUUAAUGAUGGAUCAUACAUAUUAAACAUCAAUAUGCUUGUACCUGUAGUUAUAGCUGCCGAUAGGAUGGUUAUUCAGGAGAUCCCAGUGGGAAGUGUUCAUAAGUGUGUGAAGUUGGUGCAGGAUUGUCCCUUGCAGCUUUCGUCUUGAAGUUCAUUGUUGGCAAGUCCUUCAAAAAUUAUUGUGAAGAAACCUUCUGAGAUUCAUGUUUGGAUUUAAAAUUCAGAUGAACAGACGUUGUUGUAUAACCACUCAUCGGGCUGAUGAGUUGUAGGAGGUACAUUUUGAUCUGAACUUGAUUACAAUGUCUGACGCUUCAAUUUAUGAUUUUGGUGAAUAGGCUUUUGAAAGUGUUUUUAACUGUUUAGUACUAUUUCUGGAAACACCAUUAUUGUAUUUUCAGUAGCCAUUCUUACCUACAUUUUUCUUCCA